GCGGCUCCGCCAAAACUGUUUGCGAGAGGGAGGCGGGUAUUUGUGUGGCUGCGUCCUUUUUUGUUGCCGUCUUUCUUUGGGCCACGAUGUUCGAGGCGCGACUGAUCCAGGGCUCCCUGCUGAAGAAGGUGCUGGAGGCCCUGAAGGACCUGAUCACGGAGGCCUGCUGGGACCUGGGCUCCGGCGGCAUCAGCCUCCAGAGCAUGGACUCCUCGCACGUCUCCCUCGUCCAGCUCACCAUGCGCUCCGAGGGCUUCGACACUUACCGCUGCGACAGGAACAUCGCCAUGGGCGUCAACCUCGUCAGUAUGUCCAAAGUACUGAAGUGCGCAGGGAAUGAUGACAUCAUCACGCUGCGUGCAGAAGACAACGCAGACACGCUCGUCCUGGUCUUCGAAACACCAAAUCAGGAGAAGGUUUCCGAUUAUGAAAUGAAGUUAAUGGAUUUGGACGUAGAACAGCUUGGAAUUCCGGAACAAGCGUACAGCUGCGUCGUGAAGAUGCCCUCUGGCGAAUUUGCGCGUAUCUGCCGCGAUCUCAGCCACAUCGGGGACGCCGUUGUCAUCUCUUGUACGAAAGACGGGGUCAAAUUCUCUGCCACCGGAGAGCUUGGGAGCGGAAACGUCAAACUGUCCCAAACCAGUGAUGUGGACAAAGAAGAGGAAGCCGUUACAAUAGAGAUGAAUGAACCCGUGCAGUUGACGUUUGCUCUGAGAUACUUGAACUUCUUCACCAAAGCCACCCCACUGUCUUCAACAGUUACGCUCAGCAUGUCUGCAGAUGUCCCACUCGUUGUGGAGUACAAGAUAGCCGACAUGGGACACUUGAAAUACUACUUGGCUCCAAAGAUCGAGGAUCAAGAAGAGUCUUAAGAGUUUUGGGGAGGAAAACGAGGUUUCGCGGAAGACCAACCUGGGCUGAAGCCUUUUCGAUCUCUGCACUUAGGGCCCAUUUGUAGAUACUUCUCUGUAAAUACCUUUUUCGUUGGUUAUGCAAAUGCCUUUUUUCUGUCUUGUCUUUACCUUUUAGACCCUGUUUUUAUUACUAAAUGUUUACUCCGUUUUGUAGGAGAAGGGAGUAUAAUAUUUAAAAUGAAUGACUUCCACAGUGAUCUUUUUGCCCGGAGGCUGCUGUCGACUUCUAAAAAGUAAUAAUGUUGGGAGGAAUCUUCUUUUAAUGACUUUGUCUUGAAGUGGAAGCCUUCAGAAAAACGAACACUUGUUAAUAAAGAAUUGCUGAGUUUUCUUA